GAAGUCAUGAUAAACCAUCCCUAUCUGCCUGGCCAAGUAAUAUUGUUCCUCUGGGACAGAAAGUGACUCUUACAUGUAAAUCUCAUGGUGGAUCUAACAUAUUCAAGCUGUACAAAGAAGAAGGGUCUCCAAUCCAUCAGUUACAUGAGAGUGCAUUUCAGAAGAGCCAGGUCUUUGGUCCUGUGACCACAGAACAUGCGGGAACCUACAGAUGCUUCCAUCCUCAAUACGCUAAUGAAUUGUCAGCACAUAGUGAGUCUCUAAAAAUCAUAAUUUCAGGAAUCUACAUGAAGCCUUUGCUCUUGAUUCUACAAAGUCCCCUGGUGAAUUUAGGAGGGAAUGUGACCCUGGAAUGUCACUCAGAGAAUAUCUUUGAUACAUAUAUUUUGAUUUCACACAGAAUGGGAAUAAUCAAGAACUCUGUCCAAGUUUCUGCAGAACAUCAUGAUAGUAGGUCACAUGUCAGCUACUCAAUAGGUCCCAUGACACCUGACCUUGUUGGGACUUACACAUGCUAUGGUGCUAACAAUUACUACCCCUAUGAAUGGUCAGACCCCAGUGACCCCAUUGACAUCAAAAUCACAGGUGUAUACAAGAAACCUUCUCUGUCAGCCCUGAUGGGCCCUGUGCUGAUGAUGUCAGGAGAGACCAUGACCCUGUCUUGCAUCUCUGACCAUCAGUUUGACACGUUCCAUAUGUCCAGGGAAGGGGUGCCUCAGGGACAGGGGAUGCCUGCAGUGCAGAGCCACAGUGGUAAAUUCGAGGCAAAAUUCCUUCUUAGUCCAACGAUCCAAAAAGGGAACUAUAGAUGCUAUGGCUCUUUCAGGAACUCUUCCCAUGUGUGGUCCUCCCCAAGUGACCCCUUGUACCUUCCUGCCAAAGAUAACCACAAGAACCUGCGCAUUCUAACGAGGUUCUUAAUGACCAUGGUCCUUGUCAUCAUCAUCAUCUUUUAUUCUUGUUACUUUCCCAAACAGAAUAAGUCUCAGAAACAAGCAGCAGCCAGCAUGGAACAAGAGUCUGAAGUUAAAAAAACAAUAAAUAGACAGGACUUUGAAGGACAAGAAGGACAGGAGGUGACAUACACAGAACUUGAGAAGAGAAUCUUCAACCAAAACUUGAUGCCUCCCAUUUCCCGAAUUUCUGAGUUUUCUGCAGAUACCAUUGUGUAAUUGGAAAUUAUGAAAUGA